GUUUACAGCAAAAAGUCCAGAGGAAGCAGAAGCUUCGAGUAUAGUCCCGUCACCACAAACCCACAGUCCCUCUUCUUCUCUGUCCUCCACGCCCGUCCGAAGCAGCCAUGGUGGCCAUGACGAAGAGAGUGAAGACCUUCCAGAUUACCUUUACGGAUCCCUGCAAGACUUUUUACUGCGGCGGGGACAAGGUGUCCGGCCGGGUAGAGGUGGAAGUGAACGAGGUGACGCGGGUGUCCGCAGUGAAAGUGCUGGGUGUGGGCCGCGCCAAGGUGGGCUACGCUAAAGGCAAGCAGCGCUGCCGACAGGAGGCCGAGUAUCUCCGGUACGAGGAAGUCCUGCGGCUGGACGAGCAACCCACAGACUCUGAUGGAUCCAUCCUCCUGAGACCAGGAAACAAAUACGAGUACACGUUUGGAUUUGAGCUCCCACAGCAGGGGCAGCUGGUGUCAUCAUACAAGGGGAAGUUUGGUUAUGUGGAGUACUUUGUGAAGGCCCUGAUGGAGAGGCCGCAGCAGCCCCCCCUCGAGUGCAAGAAGCCCUUUGAGGUGGAGGAGCCCCUGGAUGUCAACACCCCCGACCUGCUGUCUCCCACAGGUGGCAUGAAGGAGAAGAAGGUCACCUGCAUGUUCAUCCCUGAUGGCCAGGUGUCGCUGAACGCCAAAAUCGACCGCCGUGGCUUCUGUGAAGGCGAAGACAUCUGCAUCAACGCAAAGUUUGAGAACACCUGCUCCCGUAUUGUGGUGCCCAAGGCCGCCAUCAUUGCCAAGCACACCUACCAGGCCAACGGCCGCACCAAGGUCUUCCGCCAGAAGCUGUCCUCAGUGCGUGGGAACCACAUCAUCUCAGGCAUGUGUGACGCCUGGCAGGGAAAGACCAUCAGGGUGCCAAAGAUCAAACCGUCCAUGCUGGGCUGCAACAUCAUCCGUGUGGAGUACGCUCUGAUGAUUUACAUCCACAUCCCCGGGAGCGAGAAGCUGAUCCUGGAACUGCCGCUGGUCAUCGGGACGGCCGGUCUGGGCAGCCGCAGCAACAGCGUGAGCAGCCAGGAGGGUUCGGUCAGUAACUCCUCUCAGAGCUGGGUUUCCCUCAGGAUGCCCUCCGAGCCUCCCAGCUACACCGACAUCACCCGCGACUGCCGCCUGGACCAGCCCCUCACGCCGCUCCUGGACGACUUCGAUGGGGACGACAGCCCCAUCUUCAUGACCGCACCCGCCUUCCAGUUCCCGCCGCCGCCGGUCUACACUGAGACUGAGGAGGAGUACAGUGGCAACGCCCGCAUGCUGCCGGUCUGCUGAAGUCCUGCACGGACUCUCAAACUCCGGUCCAGCUCUCAGGGACCGUUCAUCUAAAGCACUUGAAAAGGAGCAGAAAGUCCAAACUCCAGUGGAGAUGGAAGAGUAAAGCCGGGACUGUGGAUGUGGACAGAAGGAUGCUUUCCUGUUCUGUCAGCUGUCUUCACUGUGCUUCAUCACCUACGCUGAUCCUCUUCCUCCUGGUGCUCUUCGGGUCGUAGACGUGGAGGCGGAGCCACAGGGCCUGUGGCGCGCUACAUUUCUGAAUAAGCUGUCCCUUCCAGAGACCGUCAGGAUCUCACUGUCCAUUCACAGCCACUUUAUGACUUUGAUAUUGGGGCCAAGUGUUGUAUGACCCCCCCCCCCUCAGCCUGCUGUGACAUCUCUGCUUUUGUGGGGUUUAUCUUUUCCUCAUCAUGUUUUGUCAUUCCAGUCGAACCCUGUGUUUCUGAGGGAUUUCACUAGAGGAACCAUCAUUUCUGUCUCUAAAGUCCAAUCAGCAUGUAGAGUAACCUCAUCAUGCAGCAUCUAUAUGUUCUUAUGUUCCAGUAUUUGAACAAUGUGGUUUAUUCCUGUAUGUUAUUGCACUUUUUGAUUGACGCAUGUUGCUCCACUACUGCCUACCAGACUUUCUGUUUGUCGUUUGAACAACAUUUGAUUUCCCUGCUUGGUAUUUGUGCCAAACAUGAUUGAAAGUAGACGCCCGUGUCGCGGACACACCUGUGAGGAUGAUAAUCAUGGUAUCUGCAGUUGUCCCAGACAACAUUUCACUGUGACGCUUCAUCUGUGGAGUCACAGCUUCUUCAGGGCACAAAAAAAUCACUGUUGGACUGAUUUAUGAUAAAAUAUGUUUAUAGUGCAUCCUUGAUAUUUACAAGUAUUUUUGUAUGAAACCCUAUGGGUUGUUUUUUUUAUUAAAGACGUGUUGAAAAUGA